UACAUUUAUUAUAAUAACAUAGUAAUCGAACCGAGCAGUCGAUUACUGAAGAGAGAUGGCUACCAGGGUAAUCCUUAACCUCAUCGUGUGCUUCCUAGUCGGAGCAUCGACCUCCGGUGUCCGCGGUGAAGACCCUUACUUGUUCUUCACAUGGAACGUUACCUACGGCACCAUCUCUCCGUUGGGAGUUCCUGAGCAAGUGAUUCUCGUCAAUGGCGAAUUCCCCGGGCCCAACAUCAACUCCACCACCAAUAAUAACGUCGUGGUCAAUGUGUUUAACUAUCUUGACGAGCCCUUCCUUUUCACAUGGAGCGGAAUCCAACAGAGGAAGAAUUCUUGGCAAGACGGAGUGCCCGGAACCAACUGUCCUAUUGCCACGGGAACCAACUUCACGUAUCAUUUCCAGGUGAAGGACCAGAUCGGCAGCUACAUCUACUAUCCCUCUACGGCAUUACAUAGGGCAGCCGGUGGGUUCGGUGGUCUUACCGUGCACAGCCGUGCGCUUAUUCCUAUCCCUUACGAUGAACCCGCCGAAGAUUAUACCGUCCUCGUCGGUGACUGGUAUACCAAGAGCCACAAGGAACUGAGGGGCUUUUUGGAUAGCGGUCGUCCCUUGGGUAGGCCUGAUGGUGUCCUUAUUAAUGGUAAAGCUGGUAAAGUUGGAGUCAAGCAGGAACCAUUGUUCACCAUGGAGCCUGGCAAGACAUACAGGUACAGGAUCUGCAAUGUAGGACUCAAGGCCUCUAUCAACUUCAGGAUCCAAGGCCACACUAUGAAACUUGUGGAAAUGGAGGGUUCCCACACCGUUCAGAACUCGUACGAUUCCUUGGAUGUACAUAACGGACAAUGUUUUACGGUUCUUGUUACUGCCGACCAAGCCCCAAAGGACUAUUAUAUUGUAGCAUCCACCCGAUUUCUUAAGGAUGUUCAGACUAGCACUGCAAUCAUUAGCUACACCAAUGGCAAUGGUGAAGCCUCACCUGAGCUUCCCCCCGCUCCGGUCGGUUGGGCUUGGUCGCUGAAUCAGUUCCGUACCUUCCGAUGGAAUCUUACCGCCAGUGCCGCAAGGCCAAAUCCUCAAGGAUCGUACCAUUACGGUGCUAUUAACAUCACCCGCACUAUCAAGCUGGCGAACGGUGUUAGCAGAGCCAACGGCAAGCUCCGUUACGGCUUUAACCGUGUCUCUCAUAUUAACCCAGCCACUCCCCUGAAGCUUGCGGAAUACUUUAACAUGGCGGACAAGGUUUUCAAAUACGAUGUCAUGAAGGAUGAACAAGAAAAUACCACAGACUUCAUCGAACAACCGAAUGUCGUCAACAUGACGUUCCGUAACUUCGUGGAGAUCAUUUUCGAGAACCACGAGAAAAGCCUCCAGUCGUACCACUUGGACGGGUACUCAUUCUUCGCGGUGGCGGUAGAGCCAGGGACAUGGAGUCCCGAGAAGAGGAUGAACUACAAUCUUCUCGAUGCAGUGAGCAGGCACACGAUACAAGUGUUCCCAAAGUCGUGGGCUGCCAUACUUUUGACGUUUGAUAAUGCAGGCAUGUGGAACAUCAGAUCGGAGAUUUGGGAGAGAACUUACUUGGGGGAACAAUUCUAUGCCAGUAUUCUAUCGCCUGAAAAAUCACUGAGGGACGAGUACAACAUCCCCGAUAGCACUCUACUGUGCGGCAUCGUCCAGGGAUUGCCAAAGCCUAAAUCUUAUACAUAAUUGAAUUUGAGCAACUCCCAUGUAUUUGGCUGCUAUUCGCCUUUAAUUACUAAAUAAUUAAUAUCAACCCUUUCCUAUAUUUUUAUU